UACACUUCUGUGACGCUUGCCCUGAGAUCAUGUCUCUUCGACUUGCCAGUGGAUCCAGGAGGUCCUGUACCCGGCCCAGCACAGGAUCGCUCAGGCUGUCCAGUGGGGGAGCCAGUUUUGGAGCUGGGAAUGCUUGCGGUAUCCCAGGCAUUGGAAGUAGCUUCUCUUGCGCCUUUGGGGGCAGUUCAUCAGGAGGAAAUGCAGGGGCAGGCAACCCAUGCGCUGGCUUCACUGUGAAUGAGGGGGGCCUCCUGUCUGGUAAUGAGAAGGUGACCAUGCAGAACCUCAACGACCGUCUGGCGUCCUACCUGGAUAACGUGCGCGCUCUGGAGGAAGCCAACGCCGACCUGGAGCAGAAGAUCAAGGGCUGGUAUGAGAAAUUUGGACCUGGUUCUUGCCGGGGUCUCGAUCAUGACUACAGUAGAUAUUUCCCAAUAAUCGAUGAUCUUAAAAAUCAGAUCAUUGCUUCCACUACCAGCAAUGCUAAUGCUGUUCUACAGAUCGAUAACGCCAGGCUGACAGCUGAUGAUUUUAGACUCAAGUAUGAAAAUGAGCUGGCUCUUCACCAGAGCGUAGAGGCUGAUGUCAAUGGGUUACGCAGAGUUUUGGAUGAAAUAACCCUAUGCAGAACGGACCUGGAGAUUCAGUAUGAAACCCUGAGUGAGGAGAUGACCUACCUCAAGAAGAACCACAAGGAGGAAAUGAAGGCUCUGCAGUGCGCGGCGGGAGGCAACGUGAACGUGGAGAUGAACGCCGCCCCCGGGGUGGACCUCACGGUGCUGCUCAACAACAUGCGCGCCGAGUACGAGGCCCUGGCUGAGCAGAACCGGCGGGACGCUGAGGCCUGGUUCAACGAAAAGAGCGCGUCUCUGCAGCAGCAGAUCUCUGAGGAUGUUGGAGCCACAACCUCAGCCCGGAACGAGCUGACCGAAAUGAAGCGUACUCUUCAAACACUGGAAAUCGAACUGCAAUCUCUCUUAGCCACGAAACAGUCCCUGGAGUGCUCCUUGACAGAGACGGAGGGCAACUACUGCACGCAGCUGGCUCAGAUCCAGGCUCAGAUUGGGGCCCUGGAGGAGCAGCUGCACCAGGUCAGGACGGAGACCGAGGGCCAGAAACUGGAGUAUGAGCAGCUCCUGGACCUCAAAGUCCACCUGGAGAAGGAAAUUGAGACCUACUGCCUCCUCAUUGGCGGAGAUGAUGGGGCCUGUAAGUCUGGAAGUUACAAAUCUAAAGAUUAUGGACCAGGAAACAUGGGAAGUCAAAUCAAAGAUUCAGCCAAAGCCAUUGUGGUUAAGAAAGUUCUUGAGGAGGUAGACCAACGCAGCAAAAUUCUUACCACCAGGCUCCACUCCCUGGAAGAAAAAUCUCAAAGCAAUUAAUAGAGAACAUAUGCCAAAGACCAUCACAGAAGAAAAGGCAUUAUCUAUGUCUGGAGAAAACGAGCAAGUCUAAGAAACGUCUAUCCUAUUGUCUUUCUGUCCCUUUCUCUUUUUGAGCAACCAACAACAUCUCUCCCCAUUUAUCUGGAAGAACGUCACAUACAAAUAUGAUGACUCUUUUGGUUACCUUGAUGACCCUACAGAAAUCUGUUAUCGAUCCCUUGUAUUCAAUAAA